AAAAUGUUUUUGGUAUGUAGGUUCUGAUGAUGGCCGAGCUCCCGAGCAAAACAUGAACAUGUCACCUCCUCCUACGGAUGGAAUCAAAUCUGAAUCCGAUGGUAAUCACGUUCAACCGGCCUCAUCACCUGCUGAAGCUGGUCACAAAAAAGAAAAAUCUGUGCUACAAGCUAAGCUAACAAAAUUGGCAAUACAAAUUGGCUAUGCUGGUUCAACAAUUGCUGUAUUAACUGUAAUAAUAUUAGUCAUACAGUUUUGUAUCAAAACCUUCGUUAUCGAGGAGAAGCACUGGAAGAAUACUUACGCGAAUAAUUUAGUGAAACAUUUAAUUAUUGGUGUAACAGUAUUAGUAGUAGCUGUUCCAGAAGGUUUGCCUUUAGCUGUCACAUUGUCGUUGGCGUAUUCUGUAAAGAAAAUGAUGAAAGACAAUAAUUUGGUGAGACAUUUAGACGCUUGUGAAACUAUGGGUAAUGCCACUGCUAUUUGUUCAGACAAGACUGGUACACUUACAACAAAUAGAAUGACUGUUGUACAGUCCUAUAUUUGUGAAAAAUUGUGCAAAGUACUACCAACAUUGAAUGAUAUACCUCAGCAUGUCGGUAACUUGAUAACAAUGGGUAUUUCGGUGAAUUCUGCUUAUACUUCCAAUAUUAUGCCUGGUCAAAAUCCCGGAGAUUUGCCCAUUCAAGUUGGAAAUAAAACUGAAUGCGCCUUGCUAGGAUUUGUUCAAGGCCUAGGGGUAAAAUAUCAGUCAAUUCGUGACGAAAUAACUGAAGAUAAAUUUACGCGAGUGUUUACGUUUAAUUCAGUUCGUAAAAGCAUGGGCACAGUUAUACCUCGUAAAAAUGGUGGUUAUCGGCUCUUUUCCAAGGGAGCAUCGGAAAUAAUGCUUAAAAAGUGCUCGUUCAUUUAUGGACAUGAUGGUGUUUUGGAAAAAUUUACACGUGACAUGCAGGAGCGUUUAAUACGAGAAGUUAUUGAGCCAAUGGCUUGCGAUGGGCUAAGGACAAUUUCUGUCGCUUAUAGAGAUUUCGUUCCUGGAAAGGCAGCGGUAAAUGAAGUUCAUAUUGAUGGUGAACCAAAUUGGGAUGACGAGGAGAACAUUAUGACAAACUUGACAUGUUUGUGUGUGGUAGGAAUUGAAGACCCUGUCCGUCCAGAAGUUCCAGACGCUAUACGUAAAUGUCAACGUGCUGGUAUAACCGUUCGUAUGGUCACUGGUGAUAAUAUUAAUACUGCUCGUUCAAUCGCUUCAAAAUGUGGUAUACUUCGUCCUAACGAUGAUUUUCUAAUAUUGGAAGGAAAAGAAUUCAAUCGUCGUAUCAGAGAUAGUAACGGAGAUAUUCAACAACAUUUGCUGGACAAGGUGUGGCCAAGACUUCGCGUUUUAGCGCGAUCAUCGCCAACUGAUAAGUACACUCUUGUUAAAGGUAUUAUUGAUAGCAAAGUAAGCGAGAAUCGGGAGGUAGUUGCUGUGACCGGCGAUGGUACUAAUGAUGGCCCAGCCUUAAAAAAGGCUGAUGUAGGCUUUGCAAUGGGUAUUGCUGGCACAGAUGUGGCAAAGGAAGCUUCCGAUAUUAUUUUGACAGAUGAUAACUUUAGCAGCAUUGUUAAAGCAGUUAUGUGGGGUCGAAAUGUUUACGAUUCAAUUGCUAAAUUUUUACAAUUCCAAUUGACCGUCAACGUAGUUGCUGUAAUUGUAGCAUUUAUUGGUGCAUGUGCGGUGCAAGACUCACCAUUAAAGGCUGUACAAAUGCUGUGGGUAAAUCUUAUUAUGGAUACUCUUGCAUCGUUAGCAUUAGCCACUGAACUUCCAACGCCAGAUUUAUUAUUACGAAAGCCAUAUGGCCGCACAAAACCAUUAAUUUCUCGCACAAUGAUGAAAAAUAUAUUGGGACAAGCCUUAUAUCAGUUAUUUAUAAUAUUUGGCCUCUUGUUUGUCGGCGAUUGGAUACUUGACAUUGAGUCUGGGCGCGGCCAGGAUCUUGGGGCUGGACCGACACAACAUUUUACUAUAAUUUUCAACACAUUCGUCAUGAUGACGUUGUUUAAUGAAAUUAAUGCAAGAAAAAUACACGGACAGAGAAAUGUGGUGGAGGGUCUGUUCACAAAUCCAAUUUUUUAUACUAUAUGGAUUUUCACCAUGAUUUCUCAGGUCGUAAUUAUACAAUAUGGUAAAAUGGCAUUCUCCACCAAGGCACUAUCUCUUGAUCAGUGGUUAUGGUGCAUAUUCUUUGGAAUCGGUACGUUGGUCUGGGGACAAUUAAUCACUUCAGUGCCUACCAGAAAAUUACCUAAAAUUUUAUCUUGGGGUCGUGGACACCCCGAAGAAUACACUGAUGCAAUGCAUUUGGGAGAAGAACGUUUUGAUUCUAUCGAUUCUGAUAAAAAACCACGAGCCGGUCAAAUACUUUGGAUUAGAGGAUUAACCCGUUUGCAAACUCAAAUUUCAGUGCCGGUCAUAGGCGGUGAGUUGCAAGAGCGCUUGAUUCCGGUACCCUACAGCAAGAGCAACACUGAUCAAGCUUUCGGAAAGAAGAUAAUGUCAUGUGACAACAGGCUAAACUCAGCUGUGAAAAAGAAAAAAAAAAUUCCGCAAAAAACAGACUGGCAUUCUCUAGCACGCAGUAAAAAAAUACGCGUGGUCAACGCUUUUCGUCAAGGACUAGAUGGCCGUUACGGUGAGCAUACCAACACUUCGUUGGCUGAAGUGCUUCGAAAGCAAUCAUCAUUGAGCAAACGACUCUCGGAAACUUCAUCCAUCGAAUAUGCUGAUAAUAUUCCGGACGAGCUGACGAUACCCGAGAUCGAUGUUGAGCGACUCUCUUCGCACAGUCAUACUGAAACUGCUGUCUAAAGGUAACAAAAAUUACAAAAUUGCAUCAAACAUAGCAAAAUAUUCGUUGUACACAUAUGGACAUAUAUGGAAGAUGGAAAUGUAGAAAGUGAGUAAAGAAAUAACACAAGCAGCAGCAGGAGCAACAUCCAUCGACAGCAUCAUUGGUAGUAAUGGCAAUACAAAUAAUAAUAAUAGCAAUCCAAGCAAUCCAUAGUAUAAGAAUUUUGAUCAAAUUAAUAUAAAAGCAUAAAUACAUACAUAUAUAUGUAUUUAUGCAUGUGUAUGUAUGCAAGUGUAAUAGAGUCUGGCAAAUUAUUUAGUAUCAUUGAAAGAGUGUAAGCCAAGGGAAAAUCAGAAGGCUAAAAUGUAACAGAAAUAACAGUCAAAAGUUUGUAUACAGUAAUUUUUGGUCAUACGCUACAAUUUUUUGGAUGAAAAAUAAAAUAAAAUCAAACUACUUACCUUAUGUAAUAUAAUGCAAUUCGAUAUAACAAAAAAAUAGAAUGAAAUCAUGUUAUAUAAUACAAUAAAAUUUAGCGAAAAAA